AUGUCCACGACUCUCUUUUCUACUGGACUCCGCCAAUCCCUAGCCAACCUCUCGACUCGCAAAUCGGCUGCACGAGUGUAUCUACGGCAUUUACUCAGUGGUUAUAGGACCAGUGAUCCACCUUCUCCGUCCGCCGAUAGCGCAUGGCUUCUCGGUCGAUCCCUUGGAGCUCGACUGGGCAGGUCAACCAUCGAGUGGGAUCCAAUAGACUUCCGGUCGUUCCUAAAAGAGAGCGAAAAACAGGUCAAGCCGGCUCCACCUAAACCAAGCCUAUUCAGUACAGCAAGGUGGCUUGGAACAGAUCCGGCCAGUCCUGAGCCUGUAACAGAAUCUCGGUUGCCCGUGACCGGUAGAGCGCAUUGGGAGGUCCCCAGUCACGACGUGCCCUAUCCCAGUCUUGGGCUUUCAGCACCUUCUUACAUGACUACCUUUAGAACCAAGCCGAAAACGGGCGACCGUCGCGCUCGGGAAGAGCAAUAUUGGCGGGAUCUUCAAGAACCUGUUGAGCCCGCAGUCGAAAAGUCAACCACCGAAUCUGGCCCGUAUGAUAAUGGUCAACUGCUUUACCGGCUCUAUGAUCCCCGGACAGGGGUCAGUACUCUCGUAUAUCAUGAUCCAGCAGUUGAAGCUCAGAGGGACCUUGAAGCUCAGAUUACUGCAGCUACUGUGCUGACGGCUGAAGACAUCUCAAACACUGGUUCUGAUGUACCUCCACCGGUGGCUCCGAUCACACACGAUCAGGUAGCCACCAACCAGGGUACCAACACAUCACUUCUUCCCGCGACCAACAUGGCACACACACCGACAACACCUUCUACAGCUGGCGCUACGAUUCCUUUCUCGACAAUGCCCUACACGACGCCGACAACCCCACUCACCAUGGCCAGCACAACCACGAUGACAACGCCGACAGUUCCUCCUACCACCACGCCAGGGACCGAUCAGACCGGAAGGGUAGCUGCUCCAUUAGCACCUCCGCCGACAAUCACAUUCCAAGAUUCGACAGUGACUGGCGACUUGUCAACGUAUAUGGAGCUUCUGCAUGCUGCUUAUCAGAGAAUCAAGGAGAUCGAUACGGAAGGCUCGUUGGCAAGGAGAUGUGCGGAACUGGGUCGCAGUGCCAAGAGCCUCGCCGACGACGAUAGUGGCGAUUUCGCAAGUCGACUAACGGCACUCGAAACAGCUACGGAGAAUCUGAGGCAGGAUACCUUAGCAACAGAACGCAGCGCAGAGCGUUUCGAUAGUCUUGAGGCUGCUGUGUCAGCUGUGAGGUUGUUGCAUGACGCAAAGCACAUUGUACCGACCUUUCAACCAUGGCCGAGCUUCAUCGAAGAUGGCGUCCCGGCUCCAGGAACCUGGUAUGACCCGACAGAGGCCAAAUUGAGCCGGGUCCGACGGCGAUGUCGUUCAGACACUCGCUUUGAUGACCCGGACGAUCCUCCCCGCCCGGCGGUAGUCGCAACUGAGGAUGUGGCGACCGAACAGGAACAUAUGCGAGUGGGCGGUGGCAGCGGCACAGAUCAGCGUGUGUCAACCGAUGAUGGAGCUGGUGACGUGCAGCAUGAAGGGGAGUCUGGGGAUCACCUGUCUGAAGAUGAGCAUUUGGAGGAGGAGGAAGAUGAACGUCCCAACUCAUCUGACUGGUCAGAUACCUCGUCUGACCGGUCAGAUACCUCAUCCCUCAACUCGCAUUCCUCCAACGACGGUCCAGCAGUGCCCAACCAAAGCCGCUACUACGCCAGGAAUGGAUAUGAACCGGAGCGCACGUCAGAUGCAAGUCAAAGAACUACCACGGUCACGCCCUUAAAUUCUGAUACGCGCCCAAGAAUCGCGAGCGUGAUCACCACCACGCCUUUGAGAUCUGCUCUUCGGAAGUCGACAGGCGACCCGACGAGUUCAAGCGGGCGGCGUCGUGUAGGGUUCGCGCCGGAGGAUACAGAUUGA